AAUUUUGUUGGUCAAUUUUAAUUGUUAUUUUGAACUUAUUUUUGGCAAAGAAAACUUUCAAUUGAACCUUGCGUGAAAUUGGUUACGUUGAUCAGAUUGAGAUUAACAUUAACCAAUUUGAUUGAAAUGAUACAAUUGAAAUGAGGUUAAACAAGGUAGUUAACACUAUUUGAUUGAAUAUUGAGCGAUCUUGUAAUCAAUAUAAUGGCGUGUUCACAAGGAAUAACACUGUUCAAUGAAACAAUGAGUAAACAGGAGAAAUGAAUUGGGAGUGAAAAGGACAAAAUGAUAGCCUGAUUGGGAGUUAAAUAACUAAAUAAACCCUUCGAUUGUUGAACAGUUUUUUUCAUUCUCAACUUGAUCUCUGUUAUGUUGCAACAAUUUAAGCUAAUAUAAAGUCAAAGAGAAACGUCAGUUCAAAAUAAAAUAUAUUAUGAUAAAUUUUGCUUCAACAGUGAUUCUGUCCUUUGUCAGUAAUUUACCGAGUGUUAACCCAAUUCAACAAAGUUUAAUCGGCCACAAUUCGAGUCGUCGAGGUGUUCAUAUCACUCUAAUCGGUUGGCGAUGGGAUGUCAUUGGACGUUACCUCGUCGUCCUCGUCUUCUUCCUACUCGGGGCUUUUGCCAAAAUAGCUUACCAUAACACUCAAUGGCUACGGAAUCAAGUCCCUGAAUCAUGUGUUCUCAUACUUCUAGGAUCGUUUGUUGGUUUAAUCCUUCAUUUAACAGAUAUUCCUGGAAACACUUAUAUUCCUCAAUUUACACCUGAAAAAUUUUUCUACUUUUACCUUCCUCCAAUCAUCUUGGAAUCAGCUUUUGAAUUGUUUGAUAAAACCUUUUUCAAGAAUAUUGGAACUAUCAUGUUAUUAGCAGUUGUGGGAACAAUCAUCAAUAUCAUUGGAAUCGGGAUUAGUAUUUAUGUUUGCUCCAAUUGUGGACUUUAUUUACCUUUUAGACUUAGUUUUAUUGAAUGUUUAACUUUUUCAACAUUAAUCUCAGCCGUUGAUCCGGUUGCGGUUAUUGCCAUUUUUCAAGAAGUCAAUGUAGAUAAAGCUUUAUAUUUUCUAGUUUUUGGCGAAUCGUUGCUCAACGAUGCUGUUGUGGUCACAAUGUACAAUACAAUGACAAAUUUUGCCGCUGCAACUGAUAUCCAAGUUAAACAUGUGUUCUUGGCAAUUCUCAGUUUCAUAACUGUUUCAGGCGGAGGAAUUGUUAUUGGAGCAAUAUUUGGUGGUUUCACUUCACUAGUGACCAAAUGUACAGGACAGGUUCGAGUAAUUGAACCUUUGGUUGUGAUGUUAUGCGCUUAUCUAUCCUAUUUUACUGCUGAAUUACUCCACUUUUCUGGUAUAAUUUGUCUGACCUGUUGUGGACUGAUUCAAGCUGCCUAUGCACGUCAUAAUAUCUCGAGCAAAUCAAACAUAACAAUAAAAUAUUUUGUCAAAACUUUGAGUAGCAUUUCCGAAGUUAUCAUAUUUCUCUUUCUGGGUAUGGUUUUAAUUCGUGAUAUUCAUACAUGGAAUUUUUCUUUCGUAAUAUCAGUGCUUAUUUUUUGCAUAAUUUACCGAUUCGCAAGUAUUUAUCUGUUGACUUAUGUUUGCAACAAUUUUUCAAAUCGCCUUCGAAGUAUAACUCGCCAGGAACAAUUUAUUAUGGCUUAUGGUGGACUAAGAGGUGCUAUUGCCUUUGCCUUGGCAAUAAUGUUGGAUCCUCGAGAUUUGCCUUCAGCUGAUCUUUUCGUUACAGCAACCUUGACAGUUAUUAUAUUUACUGUUUUUGUUCAGGGAUCAACUACUAAACCGAUUGUUCAACUUUUGGGAUUGCAAAUGUUGACUGAUGCUGAUCCUAAAUUAUUCAACGAGUUACACUUGAAAGUGAUCGAGACUACAAUGAAUGGCCUGGAUGAUAUUAUCGGACAAUCUGGAGCUGGAAAUUUCAUAGCAAAAAGCCUUUACAAUGUCAAUAAAUCAGCCCGAAGGUUUCUCAUUAAAGAUUAUACUAAUCGAUGGACGACCGUUAGACAAACAGUGGACAUGAUUGAAUUGAAUCAGCUUAAAAGUGUCUUCACAAUGGUCAAAUCAAUUCCGGACAAACAUUCGGCUGGUGACUUGAUUUCAUCGGAAAGAUACGUCAAUUCUUUGGGAAGGAAAAUGCCAAACAAAAAAUAUCCAAAAGCUCCAAAAGCAAUCUCUUUUAAUUCAGUUUCUCCCAGGAAUCAAAAUAGUAAUAAUUCUAAUCAUGUUAAUUUUUCUAAACUUCAUUCCAACCUUAAAGGUGAUAGCUCAUCAAAACAUCACUUUAAUGUAAAAGCACUUAGAAAUAUUGAUCCAAGAACAGUCAAUAAAACAAAUGGAGUCUCUCCAUUUGCUGACUAUCAUGGUAAAAUUACUUACGUGAAACCCAAAGAGUUUAUAUUAGCUAAACAAUCAAGAGGACAGCAAUUAGAGAGUCAACCAAAUGAGGCAGAUAAAUCAUCUGGAGCCUCACUGAAAAUUUUAAAAACUCGUUUCAGUUCCGAUUCCAAUAUAAGUUGUUUCCGUGAAACUUUAAAUGAAACAUUUGGACAUAAAGUUUAUCCAGAAUUGAAUACGAGUUCAAAGGAAUCAAGUGAUACAUCGGAGGAAAUCACAUCGAGCAAGGGAUCUAAUUGACGAGCGAUAUUCAAUAGUAUUAAAUGUAAUCAUUAGACCAUUUUAUUGUAUUAUGUCUUGUAAUAGAUCGUUUUUACUUGAUAAAGUAAUUUUUU